GAUACUGAGACUGCUGAUGUUACUUUCUGACAUGUCUGGGAAUGCCUCCAGUGACAAGGAGUCGCACAGUCAGGAGUUUUCCAAACUUUCGGAAGUAUUUUAUUCACUUUUGCGGCGUGCCUCGUGUUGAAGUUGCACAGUUCGCGGGACUACAGCAUCAAGGUUCUCCGACUAAUCGAAGACCAGAUCGUUUUUAACGGUUUUAAGAACUGAAUGAGCUACAAUUCAAGGUAGGAAGGAUGAGAUGCGAUGAGAAAAUGGCAGCAGUGAAUGGAUGUGUGGGAACGCGGACUUAAUAAAUGUUUCCCAAAUGCAUUUAGGCUACAGGUAAUUGUGCUGACUGGUUAUUUUUUGCUGAAAACAACAACACCUAACUUUACUGUUAAUUUUUUUUACAUAUUUAUUUUUGCUUAAAAACGAGUCCAAAAUGAUGAAUAAUUAUUUAAAUAAUUUUCGCACUGUUUUGCACUGAUCCUCAAAAACUUUUCAUACUGUACCUAAACAAGUAAAUCAGCUCGUGUCUUAUGACACGUUACUGGACUGUAUCUUUCUACUGGCGUUAGUCUUAUUAAAGUUUUUAAACAUGAUGGGUAGAUCCACGCUUGUUUUCGCUGUAUUAUGUUUGUUGACAUGGGCCGUUUACGUGUCAGAGAGCAGUCUGACCGAUAAACAAGCCAAACUCAGACUGAUGUCCAUUAGACGAGCAAGACUCAACAAAUCACGUCAGAUCAUUAAAAGCGGACCUGGAUCUUAUCCAUUGACAAAUGACAGACGCCAGCAGAUGCAGGCAGAUGAAGGUAUAAAUGUUCGCUCCAGGAAAGUCUUGGCACAAAGAAGAUCACAGGGUGGAUCUAGGAACCCAAUCCAGCAAGACGAUGGAACACAUGGAUCCCGGACCAAAGUUUCCCGUAUGCCAACCGGUGCUGGCUCUCCAAAUUUAUUGGCUUCAUUUGCUGGAAAGAAUCGUCUGCUGGUCAUUUCUGCACCUCACGAGUCUGAUGGUUACUUUAGGUUGAUGAUGAGUCUGCUCAAACCAGAUGUUUAUUGUGAGCUGGCGGAGCGCCACGUCCAUCAGAUUGUGAUGUUUCACCAGGAAGGGGAGUUGGGUGGGAAAAUCAGACGCAUUACUAAUGAAGGUAAAGUGAUGGAAGAGCCUUUAGACACCGCCAUCAUUCCCAGGCUUAUGAACGUCCUGAAAUUAGAGAAAGGAAAAUUUGGAAUGGUCCUUCUUAAAAAGACCCUUCAGGUGGAAGAGCGCUACCCAUACCCUGUCAGAAUGGAGGCGAUGUAUGAAGUUAUUGACCAGUCACCCAUGCGUAAGAUGGAGAAGGUACGGCAGAAAGGAUUUGUGCAGAAGUGUCGGGGGGCUGGGGUGGAGGGACAGGUUGUCGAGGGCAUCCCUAGUACCGACUCUCACGUGGACCCACCGAUGGAAAGGAAACCUGAGAGAAAAGAUGUCCGAAAACCUUUCCGCAGACCAUCCCAGACGACAACUACAUCUGCACCCUUUCCAACGAGACCAAUAACCACUACAACCACCACAACAACUAAAGCAACCACCACACGCCCUACAACUACCCGCCCCACUACAACAACACAACCGACCACCACCACAACUCAGCAGACGACCAGAGCUCUGACCACCCCAGAGUGGAUCCCGGUUCCCAAGACCACCGCUAAGCCGUACUAUCACAACCGUAGAGACAGAUAUCAGAUCAAAACUACCACUUCACCCACCACCCUUCCUGUCUACUACACUAAGGCUGAUGCAGGAAAAUAUGGCGAUAAUCGUACGGAUAAAAAAGAAUACAAUAACAAAUACACAAAUGUCAUACCUACGCAGCACAAGCCCUCGAAAGUUAAGCCAUCCAAGAAAAAGAACGGCAAUAAGGGAAUAAGCAAUGCUUAUGAGGAUAAAUAUAAUGUUGGUGUACCCACUGACGCUUAUCCUGAGGAGAAAGAGGAAGAAAUCGUGCCCACUAAGAAAAGCAAGGGCAGGCAGGAUAAAACGGAUAAAAAGAAGAAAAAGGAAAAGACAGAGAAGUUGUCAAAGAAGGAGAAGGCAGAGAGAAGAGGAAAAGAUGGAAAAGGUGGAAAGAAGAAUGGAAAGAAGGUUUCUAAACACAAUGAGAAAGAAGAGUAUCAAAAACCAACAAAGAGACCACCACCCCCGUCACCCCCUAAAAGAACCCUGGCGACAUUUUUGGACUAUUUUGAAAACAAAAGAAGACUUGUUUUGAUUACCUCUCCAUCGGAGGAGAACAGUAUGUACAUUCAGCAGAGGGAUGAAUACUUGGAACAUGUGUGUGAGAUGGCUAUCAGGAAGAUCUCCAUCAUCUCCGUCUUUGGCACAUUGACAAACAGCACAAUGAAAAUAGAUCAUUACCAACUUGAGAAUGACAAACCUAUGAAAGGUCUGAGACAGGAAGAUUUGGAGAACCAGGAUCUCAUCACAGAACUGAGGAAAGAGUACAGAAUGACCUUUGAUGAUUUCUAUGUCGUCCUUACAGAUCUGGACAUGAAGAAAAAGCAAUACUAUGAUGUCCCAAUUGCGAUGAAAGCCGUUUUCGACUAUAUCGACACAUUUUCCUCACGCAUCAGAGAGAUGGAACAGCAAAAACGUGAUGGGGUGACGUGUAAAAAAGAAGACAAGCCAAGAUCGUUGGAGAACUUCCUGUCCAGGUUCCGUUGGAGACGCAGGUUGUUUGUCAUAUCUGCACCCAAUGAUGAGGAAUGGGCUUAUCAGCAGCAGCUUUACGCAUUGACUAGUCAGGCAUGCAACCUGGGACUUCGGCACGUAUCAAUACUGAAGCUGGUGGGAACAGAUCUGGCGGACAUGGGGGGAGUGUUGGAGCUUUACCCCAUCAACGGGAGUGCAACAGUGGAGCGUGAGGGCUUAUCUGCCACUCUAGUCAGAGACAUCAGAAACUACUUCCAGAUCAGCCCUGAGUACUUCUCUAUGCUACUGGUGGGAAAAGACGGGAACGUGAAGUCCUGGUACCCAUCGCCUAUGUAUUCCAUGGCCAUCAUCUACGAUCUGAUCGACUCCAUGCAACUCCGCAGACAAGAAAUGGCGAUCCAGCAGUCUCUAGGUAUGCGCUGCCCAGAAGAUGAGUACGGCGGCUAUGGUUACCAUCAUGGCUACCAUGAGGGUUACCAGGAGGGCUACCAUCAAGGUUAUGGUUAUUAGGGUUCGCUUGUGAACUCGUAAGUUUCAGGGCCUAAGAUCUCUCCAUUCCUGUUGGUGUAUAUCAUUUUCACAUCUAUGGACAUAAUAAGAUUGUCCAUAACCUGUAGAUAAAAAACAUUUGUAUUUAUUGGAUGUUUUCUCUUAAGUGAUUGUUUUUAAAGGUCACAAUUUUGUUAAAACCAUGUUUUGAAUUUGUUACUCUAUUGUAAGAGCACUUUCGCCACAUGCUGUUUGUCUUAUUUAUAAUCAUUUAAGUUGUACUUUCAUUUCAGUAACAAUACAUUUCUAUCAUGCUUCGGCAGCUUGUGCACAAAUGUGUUGCAUACACUGCAGCUUGUAUUUUACAUCCUUUAAUAAUAUUUUAUGAGA